UAAAUCUUCUCGAUGUUCCGGUGAAUGCAGUAACAUCAAAGUUUGUUCGAACGUCAACAAACAAAUUCCGUUGUCCCAUUUUUUUGUGUAACGUGUACACCAGAAAGACGGAGACUUAUGACUGGAGCUUCAAGUGGAGAGUUCUCUCUUUGGAAUGGCGUCACAUUCAAGUUUGAAACUAUUCUUCAAGCCCAUGACUCUGCUGUGCAUACGAUGGUAUGGAGUCACACGGACACGUGGCUUGUGACAGCGGAUCACAGUGGAUUUGUGAAAUACUGGCAAAUCAAUAUAAACAAUGUGCACAUGUUUCAGUCACACAAAGUAGCAGUAUGAGAAUUUCAGUCCUACUGAUGCCAAGUUUGCUACUGGUUCAGAUGAUGGGACAGUUGGUGUCUGGGACUUUUUGAGGUCGGAUGAAGAAAGAGUUAUGAGAGGACAUGGUUCUGAUGUCAAAUGUGUAGACUGGCAUCCUCAGUGAGGUUUGAUUGUGUUUUGUAGUAAGGACGACACAACAACCAGUGAAACUAUGGGAUCUAGGGAUCUAGUCUCACCACAUUCUUAUUCAACAAAUGGCUAACCUAAAUACGGAGUACAAGACAUUGGAAGCUUUGAAACAACAGUUAGAGGAUCGACUUUCUACUUCAGAGCAGCAGAUGUCAAAACUAAAGCGAGACGUUAUGGCCAUGAGAGGGCAGUUGUCAAAUGCGAGGAAGAGUCAGGAGAAGGCAGAGAAGCAGCUGCGGAUAACCAAGACAGCCAAACAGUCAAGCACAAAAUCAAGGAGUGAUGAUCCAGACAAACUGAGGAGAGACUUGAACGUUCUGGCUGAAGCUCAAGUGAACUCAAAGUGGCUUAUAAGCAACCAACAAGAUGAAUUAGAGCGUAUCAAAGCUGCAAAUGUUUUGAUUGAGCAACGAUGUGAGGAACUUGUGGCCAGUAAAGAGAGAGAAUUAGCCGAGUUUAUGUCAGCUGCUGAACAGCUGAUUGCUGAUGCUUUACAAAGAUCAUCUCAAGCUACGGUCCAGUUGCUAAGAGCUAAACAAAGUUACAAGUUGCAACUCACACACUUAGAAUCGGAACUCAAUCACGAAAGGCAGUCUCAGACGAGUAUGAAAGUGCAAUCUUCACUACACAAAACAGAACUAGAGCAGGUCCGGUUGAUGGCUCACAAUUAAACUAAGAAAGCACAACAAGCUAUACAGGUGUGUCGUCUGACAGUUGCUAAGCUUGCCAAUCAGGCUGAAGUCGAUCAGUCAUCAUCUACUGAUAAUGUGGUGAGGUUGACAACCCAGCUGCAGAUAGAACAAAAUCUGGCAUCAUCAACUGCACAAAAAUAUGAGCAAUUAAAGGUGAGUAGUGCAAAACGUUGUAGAGAGUUAGCAGAAGAAGUUACACAUUUGAGAUCAUUACAUACAUCUAGAGAUCAAAUUAACCAAUGAUUCCAAGAUUUAGUUUAGACAAAGAUUGAUGGUCGAUUUAUACAAAUAGU